UCUCUCCGGCCGCAUUGCCGUGCAGAUGAGCGCCUGUUCCUCUGGCGAGGAGUCAACACUCCUCCAUCCAGUACGAUUUCGCAUCCAAUCAUUGAACACCUCGCUAGCAUUGCCACAAGGGCCUCUCUCCGCGACGCAACCAGCUAUGGUGCUGGCAUCCGCAAGUUUCACCUGUUUUGUGACAUAUUUUCCAUCGCCGAAUCAGACCGCCUUCCAGCCUCAUUUGAGCUGCUUCACUCAUUUGCACUCUGGGCAGUUUCGGACCCUUUAAAAUAUCUCGCGGCCAUACGUGCCUGGCACAUCGCACAGGGCUGGCCUCCCCCCCUUUCAGAAGACAGCCACACCAGAAUCAACUGGUCCUUGCGAGGCUUGGACAAUAUACUCAGUUCUCGCCGCCGGCCCCUUCGUCCGCCGGUCACACUCGACAUGCUGCGCGCACUCAAAGCCACAUUAGCGUUGUCGGACCCUUUCAACGCAUGCGUCUGGGCGAUGGCAAGCUGUGCCUUUUUUGGCAUGAUGCGCUUUGGCGAAGUUUCAGUAGAAUCACGAGCUGCCUUCAAGCCUGCGAAGCAUCUCACUCGCAAAGAUGUUUUUCUGGGAUUUGACCUAGCAGGUAAAGCUUAUGCCCGGUUAGACUUGCCUGCAGCCAAGACUGCCCGUCCGGGUGAAACUCAGUCGGUUUUCCUCGUCACCCAGGGCCCACUCUGCCCAAUCGCUGCGCUGCAGAAUCUAGCCACCAUCAUACCAGCUCUCUCAGAGGACCCCCUGUUCUCCUGGCGCGACCGCACUGGUGCCAUCCGUCCCAUGGUGAAGCAGCGUGCGCUUGAGCGUAUCAAUUGCAUCAUGACGGCCUGGGGUUGGGGCACAGCCUUUGGGCACUCCUUCCGCAUUGGAGGAGCUUCCUUUUACCUUGCAAAGAAGGUGGACCCAGAAAUCGUCCGCUUAGCGGGCCGUUGGCGCUCACUCGCAUACGAAACCUACAUACGGGCCUUCGAACAAGUUGCAUCCCAGCACCUGAGCAUCCUGUCACCAUAA